GUGAACUUAAACGAGCCACGGUAUUGGAGAGAGAGAGAGAGAGAGCCACAGCCAUACGCCAAACAUGAAGUCUACAUGGAAGCAGUUUGUUCUCAUGGAAACCAAGAACAAUCAGACUGAGGAAAGCACCGCUUCUACUCUGAGAGCAACCUCAACGGCACAAUUUGUCUAAAUCCAUUCUUGUAAUAGAAUCUCUCUCUCUCUCUCUCUCUCCCCCCUCUCUUCCCACUUCCUCGACCCCCCUCUCUUUUUCUCUCUCUCUUAUCAUCCCUACCAAAUCCAUAUCCACCAAUGGCUUCUUCUCUGGCCGGAGCGGCCACCACCACCACAGCUACCGGCCUUCUCUCCGCCACCGUCUCCACCUCGGAGCCGACCUCCGGUCGUGGCCGCACCAGAAUCGCCACGUCGACCUCCUCCUCAACCGCAGAGAAUGCGCUGCUUGUGGCUCUGCGGGAACGCCGAACGGAGGAUGCGUGGGUGCUCUACUCCCGGGCCUCCGACCUCCCAAAUUCUACCUGCCUCAGCCGCCUCGUGUGCCAGCUCGCCUACCAACAGACACCUGUAGGCCUGUCGCGCGCACAGUCCAUCUUCCGCCGCCUCCGCCGCGAGAAGCAGCUCGGCCGCCUCGACUGCAACUCGCUCGGCCUCCUCGCCGUCUCCGCGGCCAAGUCCGGAGACACAGUCUACGCCUCCGCUAUCGUGAAUUCCAUGCUCAAAACCGGGUACUUCCCUCAUGUCAAGGCGUGGAGUGCGGUCCUCAGCCGGCUCGACGAUGCGGAAGCUGCCAUCACCCUUUUCGACGCCGUUUGCCGGCACUACCAGCAAUUGACAGACAUCGGCACCGCUGACGUCGUGAUGGCGGACAUGAAGCCUGACUGUGGGGCCUUCAACGCCGUGCUGAAUGCGUGCGCCAAUGCUGGAAAUGCCCGGGAAUUCGCGAGAAUUUUCGGCACCAUGGACCGGUUUUCGGUGAAGCCGGAUGUCCUGACCUUCAACAUUAUGAUUAAGCUUUGCGCCAGGUUGGAGAAGAAGCAUCUUCUGGUUCGCGUCCUCGAGAAGAUGGUGGAAGCAGGAAUAAGUCCGUGCAUCACCACCUUCCAUUCCUUGGUGGCAGCUUAUGUUGGUCUAGGAGAUUUGGGCGCGGCGGAAAAUCUGGUCCAAGCUAUGAGGGAAGGUAGGAGAGACAUAAUUGAAGUGCUCCGAGAUACGAAUCUAGAAUCUAACCGGCAGGAGCCAUGCUUAAUCGAGAAUUCCGUGCUUGAAUUGAGCACGAAAUCGGCGCUACAGAUAAAGAGCAGCUACUAUCCUGAUGCAAGAAUCUAUACCACUCUGAUGAAGGGCUAUAUGCAGCAGGGGAGAGUGAAUGAUGUAGUGAUCAUGUUGAAGGCAAUGAAGAAACAGGAUGACAAGCUCAGCCAACCUGACCAUGUCACUUACACGACUGUGAUCACUGCAUUUGUGAACAAUUGUCUGAUGGAUGAAGCUCGCAUGCUGCUCACUGAGAUGGCUGUAGCAAAGAUACCGGCUACCCGCGUUACCUACAACGUGCUGCUCAAGGGUUAUUGCCAAAUGAUGCAGAUGGAGAAAGCAGACGCGCUUGUGCAGGAGAUGAAAGAGAAUGGACUCCAGCUCGAUGCAGUUUCUUAUAACAUCCUUAUUGAUGGCUGCAUCCUCGUUGAUGACAGCAUGCGCGCUCUUUCUUACUUCAACGAGAUGAGGACGAAGGGUAUUGCCCCUACCAAAGUGAGUUACACCACUCUGAUGAAGGCAUUUGCAGUCGCUGGCCAGCCCAAGUUGGUAGUGAAAGUGUUUGAUGAAAUGCUUCAGGACCCGAGGGUGAAGGUUGAUGACGUUGCUUGGAAUAUGUUGAUUGACGGGUACUGCAGAUUGGGGCUGAUAGAAGAGGGCAAGAAGGUUUUCAAGAGAAUGAAGGAAAAUGGGGUGCAUCCCACUGUUGCCACUUAUGGCAGCUUGGCAAAUGCUAUUGCUAUAGCUAGGAAACCUGGAGAAGCUUUACUUCUUUGGAAUGAGAUCAAGCAGAGGUGCAACGGAGAAGUAGAGGCUCCGCCAUUGAAGCCCGAUGAAGGGCUGCUUGGCACGCUCGCAGAUAUAUGCGUGCGAGCAGCGUUUUUUAAGAAAGCAUUGGAGAUUGUUGCUUGUAUGGAGGAGAAUGGAAUUCCACCGAACAAGACGAAGUACAGGAGGAUAUAUAUAGAGAUGCACUCUAAGAUGUUUACAAGCAAGCAUGCAUCUAAGGCCAGGCAGGAAAGAAGGAGUGAAAGGAAGCGAGCUGCUGAAGCUUUUAAAUUCUGGUUGGGGCUUCCAAAUGCUUACUAUGGAAGUGAAUGGCGACUUGAGUCACCUAUUGAAGAUGGCGAGUGAAGAUUAAAUAUCUGAUCUGUAUCUCUGCUGUUAAUUCAGAUAUACACUCAUUGAUAAUCCAGUGAAAUGUAAACCAUGUAUAUUUAAAUGGUAAGUUGUCAUACAUGAAAAAGCAUACUUAUUUUUUA